UAUAUCCAAAAAACAAAACAUAAAAGGUCAUUUCUCUUUUAAAGACUGACCUCUAAUGUGUUUAUGGAAUCUGAUUAUCAGUGUGUCUUAUCACACGCUGGAUAAAUGAAUCUUGGAAUACGACUCUUGCAUUCAGCAGUUUUUUCCUCAAACAAUCUCAGACUAUUUUUACCCUUGAAGUGCACCACGGUGCUUCGCAGCAGCCGACCUUUUUCCCAUCCUGAAAAGCUACUUGAUUUCCACUUCACAACAAUGACCUGUCCUGUCCUGUCCUGUCCUGUCCUAUGUCCACAUCCUCCCUAUCCUCCCUAAUAUCUUCCAAACGCUCUUCUGGGGGGCGGAAAGUCUCCGGCUGAAAGUUGCAGCUCGCAGAUAUCAGUAAGAACAAUGGUCAAGGAUAAGGCGGGCGUCCAGAAGUUGUGCGAAACGGGGACUUCAUCAUAAUUGCUGUUAAUAAUUACAGUCGUGAUAAGCAAGGCAGAGAGGUGGCAUUUAUUGAUGGCAAAGCCGUCUGAGGUCCCAGUUGAUCUCCAGGAGCUGGGAGGAGGAGGAAGACGAGAGAGAGGAGAGUUUGGAUUUGAGACGGAUUAGGACACAGUAAGGUAGAGCCACAUAGAGGAGUGGAAGCAGCAGCGCUCCAGGCAGCAGAGACGAGACGAGAUGAUGCGACCGGGAGCUCAGCAGUACGUGGUGGCCAGGCCGCUGUACUCGGAGGAGUCCUUCGCAGAGGACCAUGAGGUGGUCUACAGGCACCGCAAGACCAUGCUGGACCACUUCAAGCAGUACUUCACAUGUGACACCAAACGAGCCAAGAACACAGCUCUGUCUCUGCUGCCGGUCAUCGGCUGGAUGAAAAUAUACCGAAUCAAAGAGUGGCUGCUCAGCGACAUCGUGUCUGGUAUCAGCACCGGACUGGUAGCCGUCCUGCAAGGUCUGGCCUACUGUCUGCUGGCCUCUUUGCCGCCCUGGUACGGACUCUUCUCCGCCUUCUUCCCUGUUGUCCUUUACUUUUUCCUCGGCACCUCCAGACACAUCUCAGUGGGUCCGUUCCCGGUCUUGUGUCUGAUGAUCGGCUCGGUGGUCACCAGGCUGGUCCCCGACGAGGGUCCGCCAACCCUCAACAUCACAGCAUUUGAAGGCCUAACCAGAGACGAACAGAGAGUUCUGGUGGCUUCUUCUGUCAGCUUCCUCGCCGGGAUCAUGCAGCUGGCUAUGGGUGUCAUGCAGGUGGGCUUUGUCGUCAUGUACCUGUCCGACACUCUGGUGUCCGGCUUCACCACAGCGGCUGCCGUCCACAUCCUGGUGUCUCAGCUCAAGUUUGUGUUGGGGUUGACCGUUAAGGGCAUCAGCGGUCCGCUCGCUCUCAUAUAUACCCUGGAGAUCAUCUUCAAUCAGAUCACCUCCACCAACGUGUGCGACGUGGUGAUCUCCUUAGUGAUCAUGGUGGUGGUGUUCAUCGUGAAGGAGCUGAACGACAGAUUCAAAUCCAAGCUGCCGGUGCCCAUCCCCAUCGAGGUCAUCAUGACUGUCAUCGCAUGUGGAGUUUCAUACGCGUUCGACUUCAAGACGAAAUACGGCAUUGAGGUUGUUGGGCCUAUUCCAAGAGGGUACGAGUCUCCGAUUCCUCCGGACCUGGAGAUCUUCCAGGAGACGGCGGUGGAAGCGUUCCCCAUGGCCAUCGUUGGUUUUGCUGUUGCCUUCUCUGUGGCUAAAGUCUAUUCUGUAAAACACGAUUACACCAUAGAUGGAAACCAGGAGCUGAUAGCUUUUGGAGCCAGCAACAUCUUCGGAGCUUCCUUCAAGUCUUUCGCUGCGAGUACGGCUCUGUCCAGGAGCGCCGUGCAGGAGAGCACAGGAGGCAAGACUCAGGUAGCUGGUUUACUGUCAGCUGUCAUAGUGAUGAUCGUCACGUUGGCCAUCGGAUUCCUGCUGGAGCCGCUCCCGAAGUCUGUGCUGGGUGCCGUGGUCAUCGUCAACCUGAAGGGCAUGCUGAUGCAGGUUAGAGAUGUCCCGUACCUCUGGAGGAGGGACAAACCAGACUGUGUGGUGUGGCUCGGUACCUGUUUAGCAGCCAUCUUGCUGGGGCUGGAUCUCGGGCUGGCUGCAGGCCUCGGAGUGGAGCUGCUCAGUGUCGUCCUCAGGACUCAGUUCCCUCGCUGCAGCGUGCUGGCCAACAUCAAAGGAACGGAUAUCUACAAAGACAGAAAGGACUACAUUGAUAUAUACGAGCCGGAGGGAGUGAAGAUCUUCAGGAUCCCAUCACCGAUCUUCUUCGCCAACAUCGAGUUCUUCAGGACCAAGCUGGUGGAAGCUGUUGGAUUUAACCCGUUGAGAGUGUUGAGAAAGAGAAAUAAAGCACUGAGGAAGAUCCGGAAACUUCUGAAGAAGGGAGACCUUCAGUGGACAUCAAAAGGUUUCCUGAACACCUCGUUUGGACCCAUCAAGGAGUCAGAUGAUGAGAGCAACAUGGAGGAGCUGGACCUGCCCACCGACUUCAAGGACCUUCCCGUCCGGGUCGACUGGAACGCCGACCUUCCCGCCAACAUUGUCGUUCCCAGAGUGGACGUCCACAGCCUGAUCCUGGACUUUGCUGCUGUCUCCUUCCUGGAUAUCUCUGCUCUGAAGGGACUCAAAACGAUGCUGAGAGAGCUGAUCCGGGUUGAAGUCGAGGUCUACAUCGUGGCUUGUGAUACUUACAUCCUGCAGAAACUACACAACUGCUGCUUCUUUGACGAUGAAGUCCAGCCGUCGAUUUUCUUCCUGACGCUGCACGACGCCAUGCUGCACAUCCUGGAGAAACACCCGGGGUCUACGGAAAAUAAAUCUGACUAUGACAAGAUUAUAACGACAGUCACAGUUCAUCACCCUGGAGGCAGCUUGAGGAGCAGAGAUAGAAACGCUCCGGAUCCAGAAACCAGGUUCUAACGUCUGAACGAGAAGAUUUCUGGAGAGAAAACGACCAAAAAGACCAAAGAAAAUAAGAGUAAAUGUUUUACAGAUCAUGUUGUACAAAAACUGAAUGUAGAGAAUAACAAGUGAUAACUUUAUACGUCUGACAAUCUAAGUUUACAUUUACAGUAUUUACUGGAAUGUAAGAAAAGUAAUUCCACGGUGUUGAUGUUUUUUUUUUUUAUACUGUAUAUAGUGAAUUUGUAGAAAUUUUAGGUGCAAUAUAUUUGACAUGUUUUAUAGUUAUAUUUUCAUGAUAAUGAGAAUUAAAUGAAUAUCUCUCAGCACACAGUUCUCUAAAUAAUGUUGGGACCAAAGCAAUGUGAAAAAAGACUGAAUGUGCAGUGCUUGAAAUAUUGGAAUAAAUAUUUUAUCACUCUAAAUAAUGACA